UGUCAAAGUUGACAUCAGCCCCGGAGCCGAGUUGAACGCGAGCCUCUUGUCUGAACUGGAGAGCGAGCUCACAUCAUUCAGUGGCGCAUGCUUUACGGAGUUAUGUACCUCGCGCUGUCUUGCCCUCUGAACUGCCUGCCGUCAUGGAUUGCAAACCGCGCGCGAAACCACUACUACUUUGUAUUUUUCUGUUCAUCUUGUCGUUUAUUUGCCCAGCACUUCUGAUCAUCCACCCGUCCAAUGAAGUGAACCUGUUGGACUCCAAAGCCAGCCAGGGGGAGCUGGGAUGGAUCUCCUACCCAUCACACGGGUGGGAGGAGAUCAGCGGAGUUGACGAGCACUACACUCCCAUCAGGACCUUCCAGGUGUGUAACGUGAUGGAGUACAGUCAGAACAACUGGCUGAGGACCAACUGGAUCCCCCGCCAGUCGGCCAAGAAGAUCUAUGUGGAGCUAAAGUUCACCCUGAGAGACUGUAACUCCAUCCCCCUGGUCCUAGGGACCUGCAAGGAGACCUUCAACCUGCUGUACCUGGAGACGGAUGAGGACCAGGGCAGCCGCUUCAGAGAACACCAGUUCUCCAAGAUCGACACCAUCGCUGCAGACGAGAGCUUCACUCAAAUGGACCUGGGGGACCGCAUUCUGAAGCUCAACACGGAGGUCCGGGAGGUGGGGCCUGUUACCAAGAAGGGCUUCUACCUGGCAUUCCAGGACGUGGGGGCGUGUGUGGCCCUGGUGUCAGUCAGGGUGUACUUUAAGAUGUGCCCGUUCAUCGUUAGGAACCUGGCCUCAUUCCCUGACACGGUGCCCAUGGACUCUCAUUCAUUGGUGGAGGUGAAGGGCUCGUGUGUCAAUCAUUCAAAGGAGCAGGAGCCACCACGUAUGUACUGUAGCACAGAGGGGGAGUGGCUAGUGCCCAUAGGGAAGUGUCUGUGUAACGUCGGCUAUGAGGAGAGAGGGAGCUCCUGCCAGGCAUGCAGAGCAGGGUUCUAUAAGUCUCUGCUGGGUAACGUCCAGUGCUCUAAGUGUCCACCCCACAGCUUCACCCAUCAUGAGGGAGCUCUACACUGUGGCUGUGAGAAAAACUACUUCCGCGCUGAUGGAGACCCGCCAUCUACGGCCUGCACACGUCCUCCCUCAGCUCCUCGUAAUGUGAUCUCAGUCAUCAACGAAACCUCAGUGAUUCUGGACUGGUCCUGGCCGGAGGACACGGGAGGUCGUAAGGAUGUCACCUUCACCGUGCUGUGUAAGCUCUGCAGGCCUGGCCAGAGGGUGUGUGAGGCAUGUCGCAGCAAUGUGCGGUUCCUCCCCCGUGCUGCGGGCCUGCAGAACACUACCGUUACCGUGGGAGACCUGCUGGCUCACACCAACUACACUUUCGAGAUUGAGGCUCAGAAUGGAGUGUCCCAGUUAGCCCCAACCAUGAGGCAAUAUGCUGCGGUGACCAUCACUACCAACCAAGCAGCCCCUUCUCCAGUGACUGUGAUCAGGAAGGAUCGCACGUCUCGUAACAGCAUCUCUCUGUCCUGGCUGGAACCAGAGAGACCCAAUGGCAUCAUACUGGACUAUGAGGUCAAAUACUACGAGAAGGUCGGUUCACAAACACCAUACAUGCUUUAGUACUGUUCUCUGCUGUCCCCUUUGAUGACUAACUC